AAAUUUUUAACUUGUCCAUGGUUUGUCAUUGAUUCGUUUACGUAUGAGUUGUGAUUUCCGAAAGAUUUAGAAAUUUCGAGUUUCCUAUCAACAUGCCUAAGUAUUAUUGUGAUUACUGUGAUACUUACUUGACGCAUGAUUCACCAAGCGUGAGAAAAACACAUUGUACUGGAAGAAAACAUAAAGAUAAUGUUAAAUUCUACUAUCAGAAGUGGAUGGAAGAACAAGCCCAGCAUCUUAUCGACGCUACAACAGCAGCGUUUAAAGCUGGAAAGAUUGCUCAAAAUCCAUUUGGUACCAAAGGAGCAGCAAUACCUCCGCCAUGGGAUCCUUCUGUAAUGGGACCCGGUGGACCUAGACCUCCAGUGCCAGCACCGGGUGGUCCUCCUGGCAUGAUACCGCCACCAACUAUGGGUCCCGGCGGGCCAAUGGCUCCUCCUAUGAUGAUGGGACCACAUGGUCCUAUGCCACCUAUGAUGGGAAUGAGGCCACCAAUGAUGGGGCCUAUUAUGGGACCUAUGGGCCCCAUGGGACCGAUGGGCCAGAUGCGCCCACCGCUAAUGAAUGGACCGCCUAUGAACAAAUAGCGAAAACUAGAUCAGCGUCAAUAAAAUAUGAAAUUUUAUUGUGUGAGUGAAAAGAACUGACAUUGUUAAUUAUAACCUAUAACUAGUUACCUAAGGAUAGUGUAAGUUAGAAUGUUUCUUUUACAGUAAUAAAUAAUGCAAUUUUCUAUUCAUGGUAAAAUUGUUAGUUUUAACUUGGAUAAAGUAUAUUAUAGGAUCUGUUUACAAAUUAAUUGAUGUAGAGAUGAUUGUACCAAUAUGUAACUUACAUAUAUUAGGUCAUACUCAUAGUAUUUGAUGUUUUGAAUAUUACAAUAGAAUGUAAUUAUAAUAGUAAUGUUUAUGUGACACAAUUUGUUCUAACCAUAUUCCAUAGAAAUUAAUAUGCUGUUUCAGAGCACACAGUUACAGUAUCAUCAAUGUUAUAUUCUAAUUACUCUUUAUGGAUUAUAGGUAAUUUUUUUACAAUAUGUAGUUAAAAAUAAUAUUUGUAAAUAAACUAAGUUUGUAAUAUGAA